AGCAGCUCGUUUCAACUCCCAAGACACACACCACCCAUGGCGCCUGCACUCGAAACCAUCAUUGUCUGAACCUCUCAUUUUCAGCUUAUCUGGUUCAACUGAUUCAAUCCCACCAUCCCACCCUCUCUCUUUCUCUUGAUCAUUUACUACAUCUUGCAACUGGGAAAAGUUGUGAAAAAUGGAAAAUGGAUAUGGUGUUGCUGGUAAUCAUACAGGAAGGGAAGUCAAGGUGGCAGAUCUCAUAUGGGUGGAGACCAAUGGAGGCUCAUGGUGGCCUGCACAGGUUGUUAAUGAAAAUGCUGUGAGUGGGAACAACAAGCCCCUCAAAACAUCAUCAGGGGAAGUUCCUGUUCGGCUUUAUGGAAGCUAUAAAUUCUUGUAUGUGGACCCUCAAAAAUGUUCUUCUGAUUUUGAAAUAAUUCUCGAGCAGAAUAACGGUUCCUGUAGAGAGAUUUUUCUCAAAGCUCUGGAGCAGGAUGCUUAUCACAUGAAAUCAGGUAGAUCAAAGAAGCAAGGAUUCAAAUCUAAAGUUGAUGCUUCUAGAAACCUGUCCGAUGCUAAUCAUGCAGUGGAAGAUCCGAAAGCAGAGGAAUCAGACUUUGCAAGGAUAAGGAGUUCUCCAAGAUUACAGAAGCAAGGAAAGAAGGUUGAGGAUAAAGCAAAUGGUAAACCCAUAAAGCAAGAUGGGUUGCUGAAGAAUGCCAAAGAACAUGGAUUAAGUAUCCAGGCAGAAGUAUUGACAGAGGCAGGUGCCCGAAGAUUAAGAGUGAUGCAAAAUCUUGGCCUCAUUGCCCCUUCAGGGUCUCCUUACCACAAAAAUGGCCGGGUUUGAGUCUCUGAAUCACAGCUUUUGAUUAAAAUCUAGUACCAUAUACAAUCGCUUUAAACUUGGCCCAAGAACAACCCAGACUGGGGUACUAGCUGCUAGCUUUUGAUGCAAGAGUUGCAUAAUUCAUGUAUAUAUAGAGGUUUCUGCCCUAAGACCACCCAACAAGGUAUGCUUAAUCGUUCUCAUCGAGGUGGUUUUGCUCCUUUUUUGAUUGUUUGGGUGGCUGCAAUGUCUAGUGGGUUUUGUAGCUUGUGCUCUGCUCAUUUUGAAACUAUUGAGAAAUUUAAAGACGAUAACUUUAAUAUAUAUAUUUGGCACUAUGGAAAAGGGAUUCGAACUAUAAAUCUUAACGACUU